AUGGCCCUGGGUGUCGCCCUGGGGCUGUGCUGGGGGGUGCUGGGGGCAGCAGCAGCAGACGGGCGCCACAGCCUGGCCAUGCUAGUCACAGCCGUCAUCAAUGAAGAUGGGACCUAUCACUUCACCAUGGUCACCAGGGUGGAUGACGUUCAGAUCGCAAACUACAGCAGUGACACGCGAGAGGUCAGACCCACCCAGCCGUGGGCAGAGCAGGCCCUGGGCACUGAGUAUCUCCAGGAAAAGACCCAGCAGUUCAGGGAGCACGAGGAGCGCUCUAAAAUCCUUACCAGGAGGUGGAUGCAGCAUCACAACCAGACAGGUGGGAUUCACACUGCUCAGGUUCACACGGGCUGUGCCCUGAAUGACCAGACCCCCGUGGACCCGAGGUUCCAGUAUGCCUAUGAUGGGGGGGACUUCAUCAGCUUUGACAACCAGACGGGGACGUGGGUCACGGCCGUGCAGCCGGCCUUCCUCCAGAAGCAGCUCUGGGAGACGGGCAAGACCUGGACUCAGUAUGUCCAGCAUUUCCUGCAGUCUGAGUGCCUGGAUAAGCUGCGGCGCCUGGUGCUCCGGGGAAGGGCAGUGCUGGAGCGACACAUGCCCCCCGAAGUCUCGGUUUCCCACAGAGAUGCCUCCAAUGGCUCCGUCACCCUCUCCUGCCGCACCAGGGGCUUUUACCCGCGUCCCAUCCACGUCUCCUGGGUGCGGGACAGAGAAGACAUCCUGGCAGAGAUGGACUCCAGCGGGAUCCUGCCCAAUGCCGACAGCACCUACUACACGCAGUCGUCCCUGGAGAUCUCCCCGCAGCAGGACGGGCACCGCUACGCCUGCCGGGUGAAGCACAGCAGCCUGCCGGAGCCCAUGCUCAUCUGGGAAAUGGCCGAUCCCUCAGAGAAUCUCAUUAAGUUUCUGGCCGUGGUGGCAUCCAGUGGCACCCCUGGGAAGAAGGGCCCCCUGCCCCCCGGGGUCCUGGCCACCAUCGUCCUGGCCGUGCUGGUUCUGGCUGGAGCCGUAGGUGCCGGCAUCAUCCUGUGGAGGAGAAAAUCAGCAGGCCCCAGGAAUCCCGGCUACGCUCCAGCAGCCACAUAG